AUGGGCUCCACCAGGACACUGGGGCUGCUGAGCUGCCUCCUGCUGCUGCCCCUGCUGCACGGGCAGGACGUGUCUGCCUGUGCCUGGGGCUGGGUGUCCUUCCAGGACGGGUGUUACCGGGUGUUCUGUGAGGAGCUCAGCUGGACACUGGCCGAGACCUUCUGCCGGCGCUUCGGGGCUGGGGCUCACCUGGCCUCGGUGCACAGCCCCGGGGAGCUCAGCACCAUCACUGCCAUGCUGCGCUCCGGCCCCUGCGACAGUGAUGAGGAUGAGGACAGCUCGAGGGGGGGGCUCUGGAUUGGGCUGCACCGUCCAGCAGGGAGCCAGCGCUGGCGCUGGUCCGACGGCUCCAAGAUGGACUAUGGCUCCUGGCACCAGGCGCCCGCCGCAGAGAAGGGAACCUGCGCUGCGCUGCAGGACACGGGCGGUGGGUGA